UUCCCACUUUUUUAUACGACCACCUUUUAGAGUUUUUAUAUAUAUAUAUAUAGUGCUCUGCAUCAGCAACACAAGAUAGCAUAACACCCAUUACAAAAAAUAAACCCACUACCAACUUUAACUCUCUUACCACCAUUCCUUUUAUUUUAUUUUUCCCUCUCCCAUCAAGUUUCUAAAUCUUGUGUCUUCCACAAUAAUGGCACUAUCUUCAUCACUACUACCCCCACUUAGUAACAACUGUGCUACAUCUCCUGCUAAUCGCAAAUUGUUCCGUGCCCGUGCUCAAGGCCGGAUCUAUGCUACCCUAACCGUUCAGCCACCCACGGAACCCUCAAAGGCAAGUAGCCUACCGAUCAAGAAGAUCCCCGGCGAUUACGGUCUUCCAAUCGUCGGUCCAAUCAACGAUCGCCAUGAUUACUUUUACAAUCAAGGAAGGGAGGAGUUUUUCAAAUCUAGAGUCCAAAAAUACAAGUCAACUGUUUUUAGAGUCAACAUGCCACCUGGCCCUUUGAUCUCCUCUGACCCUAACGUCGUCGUUUUGCUCGAUGGUAAGAGUUUUCUGACACUCUUCGACACUUCCAAAGUCGAAAAGAAAGACGUCUUCACCGGAACCUACGCUCCCUCCCUCGAGCUCACCGGUGGAUACCGUGUCCUCUCGUACCUCGACCCAUCCGAGCCGAGUCACGAGAAAUUGAAACAACUAAUGAUCAAGCUAGUGAGCACCACCCGCCACCGAGUUCUCCCUGAGUUCGAAACAUCUUACUCCAACUUAUUCGAUGAGCUAGAGAACGAGCUAGCCACACAUGGAAAGGCCAAGUUCAACGAGGCCAACGAUCGAGCUGCUUUCGACUUCUUGGCCCGAGCGUGGUACGGGGUUAAUCCAGAAGACACAGAACUUGGAAAAACAGCACCAUCAAUAAUAUCUAAAUGGGUAUUAUUCCAACUCGGCCCAAUCCUCACACUUGGACUUCCAAAACCUAUCGAAGAACUCACCCUUCAUAGCUUUCGCCUUCCAUUUUCACUAAUAAAAAAAGAUUACAAAAAACUUUACAACUUUUUCUACCAAAACUCAACCGAUCUUCUCGAAGAAGCCUCCAACCUCGGGAUCUCACGUGACGAGGCAUGUCACAACCUUAUAUUCACCACGUGCUUUAACUCCUUUGGUGGGAUGAAGAUCUUUUUUCCUAACAUGAUCAAACAAAUCGGACGAGCCGGGGUGAAUCUCCACCGUCGACUUGCGGAGGAGAUUCGAUCUGCUGUCCGAUCCAACGGAGGAAAACUCACCAUGUCAGCCAUGGAACAAAUGCCUUUGAUGAAAUCAGUAGUGUACGAGUCCCUUCGGAUCGAACCGCCCGUCCCGCUACAGUUCGGGCGGGCUAAAAAGGAUCUCCUUAUCGAAUCCCACGACGCAGCGUAUGAAGUUAAGGAAGGUGAGAUGCUAUUCGGGUUUCAGCCGUUUGCUACGAAAGAUCCGAGGAUAUUCGAUCGGGCAGAAGAGUUUGUAGCUGAUCGGUUUGUUGGAGAAGAAGGUGAAGAAAAGUUGAAGCAUGUUUUGUGGUCAAACGGGCCGGAAACCCAAAGCCCGGCUGUUCAUAAUAAGCAAUGUGCUGGUAAAGAUUUUGUUGUGUUGAUUUCGAGGUUGUUGGUCGCACAGUUGUUCUUGAGGUACGACUCGUUUGGUAUUGAUGUUGGUGUUUCUCCUUUAGGAGCUAAAAUUACUUUUACUUCCCUCAAGAGAGCAACCUUUUGAUAAAUGUUAGCUUGGUUUGCUUAGGGGUAUGUACUAAUCAUAUUUUAGGUGAUUAUUAUUCGGAUUUGGUUGUCACAUUAGGAAAAAUAAAAAUAAAAGUUAAUAAUGUGACAAGUAAGUUUGGGUGUAUGAGUAGUACGGGGUUAUGUUUAGUAUUAACGCGAUUCUUUGGAUCUACUAAUGUCAAAAUUACGAAGUAAGUUUGGAUGUGCGGACUAGGAAAUUAGGAAUGGAUAGGGGCUUUUUCUCUUGUGUUUUGUUGGUUUUUUAGCCUAUUUAGAUCUAUCUUAAUUGUGAUUUGUUGUACUUUGUUUAGUAGCGAGCAAUAGCUCAUUAUAUCGGUAUAUAUGAAUAUCAUCUUUAUUUUAUGUAUUCUAUUUAUUUAUCCCU